UUGUGGACUCUAAUUCUCUUCUUAUCAUGAAUUAUAGUAUGUAAUGUUAAUCUCUUUCAUUUGCUCCUUCCAGGAUUGUAACUAAAACUGUAAAAGAGGCAUCUAAUAGCCUGAAACUCAAUCACAAAGAAAGACACAAGUAACCCCUUGCGGCUAUUGAGAUGGAGUCACAGAAGAGAAACAUGAAUGAGGAAUUGGAAGCCUUAUUCCAUGCAUUUAAAGAUUCUGCUAUAGAGGAGCCCUGGAACUUCAAAAUUUGGGAUACUGAUCAGAAGUACUUCUUCUUUGUGAACAACCAACUGAUAGCAGCCCCACUUUACUGUGAUUCAUCAGAACAGUUGGUGGCUGUGGUCCCCAAUGUUAACUUAGACCAAAAAAAACUACCCAUCUUUUUGGGCCUCAGUGGUAAGACAAAGGUCUUGUCCUGUGUGAAGUCAGAUAAAGAUGAUCCUCAGCUAGUGAUAGUGGAUAAAAACAUCAUGGAUCUUUACAGAGACACCAGGGAAUUGAAGAAUUUCUCUUUCUUCCCUACGAGUAGCAGUGGAAAGACCUGCUGCUUUGAAUCUGCAGCAUUCCCUGGCUGGUUCUUAAGUACUUCUCUUCAACCAAACAAACCUGUUAAUUUUAAUAUUCGAGGAGGUACUGAGAUCACUGUAUUUUUUUCCCAGAAAAGCUACAAGGUAAAGUUUUGAAGAAAAACGAAUAAAGAGGAAGGCAGUAGUGCAGGGCUAUGUUGCCAGUGUAUUUUACAUGUAGUAGAAUGAAACUUUCAUAGCUUGAUUAAAAAUGGAAUAUCUAGUUGGGAGGAAAUGUAAGUUGGGGGUUGCCCUCUUUGUUUUGUUUUCUUUCCGGCCUCCAAGGACUAUGGAGGACAUAACAGAGCAAUGUCACUGGAAGAGGUGGGGGCAAAGCUGAUUUCUUGUCUGUAGCACAAGCUGGAUGCAUUUGUUUUGAUUCUCAUUUCCAUAAGAAUAAAAAUGAAAAUAACCUGAA